GGCUCGUCCCUGAUUUUAUGGAUGUAGUAUCUGCAAUAAAAGACGGCUCGUCCGCGCGUGGAUCCUGUGUCUGUUAAAUAAACUGUCUCAGUGUCUCGGGUUUCUUGAGAUUUUGUGGAAUCAGGGUCUCUGAGUUUUCUUAUGUGAAAAGUUCACCUCCUUGUGGAACUCUCACCCCAUGAAUACGGGAACUUGAUACUCAGACGACUCAGCCGAAUAAGUUCCUCUCCUCUUCGCCCUCGAGCGUAUCAACUCCAUCAUGGCGAUCCCACCAAUUCUCAAAAAGAUCGGCCAAAAGCUCUCACCUCCACCAUCAACAUCUGAAGAUGGCCGUGAUCAAUGGAAUUCGAGAGCUUCCUUCUUGCUUGCGGCCAUGGGAGGUUGCGCCGGUAUGGGAAACCUAAUUCGGUACCCUUCACAGGUGUAUAACAACAAUGGUCUUCAAUGGUUCAUUCCAUAUCUCAUGUGUGUUUUCCUGAUCGCCAUCCCGGCCUUGAUUCUCGAAGUCAGUAUUGGUCAGGCGUACCGUGGAGGGUCCGUCGUCGCUUUUAACAACAUCAACCACCGUCUCAAGGGUCUCGGCUUCAGUCUUCUAUACAUCGGCUUUAUGGUCAGUCCGUACUUCGUCGUCAAUCUGUCCUGGAUCAUGAUCUACUUCCGGAACUCGUUCCAGAGUCCACUUCCCUGGGAGGGACGCGCCGAAGAGUACUACUACCAAGACGUGGUACAGAACGUCGAUGCGAUUCCUGGUAAUAAAACGUCUAGCGGUGUCAUAGACUACGUCAAAUAUCCUGGUACCGCCCUCAUUGGAGAGACUGUUGGAUGGACUGCGUUCGUUUGGUUCCUCGUCUGGAUCUCCAUUUUCCGUGGUAUUGGCCAGACAGGUCGUGUUGUCUACUUCACCAUGGGUUUACCUGUUGUCUUGACCAUUAUCCUUGUCGGCCGGUCCGUUUCUCUUCCAAACGCUGGUCGUGGCGUAAAGCUGUAUUUUGGCGAGUGGAACGGCGAGAAACUGGGAUCUGGUGACAUCUGGCAGACUGCAGCUGGUCAGGUCUUCUUCUCAACUGGUGUCGGUUUUGGCUAUUUCAGUUCUUAUGCCUCUUAUAAUCAGAAGCAUGCCAAUGCUGUCAUGGACUCGUGUCUCAUUGUUGGCAGCAAUGUACUCUUUGAGGGAUUCGCCGCGUUUGCUGCGUUCGGAGUCGUUGGAUACCUGGAUAUGAUGCCUGUUCCUGGUGAGCGAAUUGGUGCCUUUACCAUCGGGUUCUUGACGCUCCCCACGGCUAUCACUCAGCUUCCUGGGUCAUCGUUCUGGGCGUUUGCACUCUUCUUCACCUUGGUAGUCCUGGGAUACAGCUCUGCAUUCGCAAUGGUUGAUGCUGUGGUAACGCUUGUCAUGGACACCAAACCCAAAAUUCGUCGCGAGUGGGUGGUCACAGGGCUUGUGAUUAUCUCAUUCCUUAUUUCACUCCCAUUCUGUACCCAGUUCGGCUAUGCUCUUCUCACUGGAGUUGACCGUUGGAUCAAUGAUGUUGCUCUGGUGUUCGUUGUGUUCGGCGAAUGUGCAUUCUCCACGACUUUCUACCGUUGGAGAGAUGUUGCAGGACAGGUCGGAAAGCCCGCCUUUUUCAUCUGGAACUUUGGAUACUUUGGUGGUAUGGUUCUUGGGGUUGCUGUUGCCCACGCUGUCCAAGCCGAAGCGGGUGCUGGAGUCGGCUUCGGUAUCUUCAUCGUCUGCUCGAUUGUAUCUUGUGCAAUUGGCAAGACUCCUGAUGAACUUCCGCCUGCUUUGACCUUCACUGAGGACAAGGGUUUUGUUCGCCGGUUUAUCGGCAGAAGCCCUGCCAUGUCAAAGCUCUUCGACAAUGUCUUCAUGACACGCUUCUGGUACAUGGCAUUUUACUCUGGCCAACAACUCCGACGAGAUCUCAACGUGAUUGUCGCAACCGGAAAGAAUUGGAGUAUUCCCGCCUUCUGGCCCAUCCUCUUGCGCUUCAUCUCCGCGCCUGUGCUUGCCAUCAUCUAUGGCUUCGCCUAUCCCGCUUUCUACGAGCUCCGUGACGACCCUCUGCACAUCCUUGGCUUCGGUCUUGCCCAUAUCUGCUUGGUAUUGAUUGGCCUGGGAGUCCUCGUGCCUCGCUGGUACAACACCAUUAUCCCUCCCGACCGACGCGAGGAAGGCAAGCUACCGUACGCUCCUAAUGUUCUUUUGGACGGCGAGGAGCCUCGAAGAACUGAUUCUAUGGAGACUGGCGAGGGUCUUGCAGGCUCUGAAGGUGGUGAAAGUGAAGAAAAGAAGGAUCAAAAUGUGAUGUAGUUUUGGCGUAAAAUUGAGCGAGAGUUGAUAACCUUGGAUUUGUUGCAUACACGAAGGAAGGCAAAGGACUUGCCCCAAGUUUCUUAGUCCAUACUGUAGUCAGGUCCUCCAAGGACUUUGAUGCUUGCUUGCUUUAUCUGUCCAUCAAGUGCAAAUGCCGAACAUUAAGAAUCGCCUGGCGAAAUUCUUGCAAAUUGGGAAAUCUGUUACGCCGACGCCGAGUCUAGAUGAACACGGUUGCUGCUAUUAAGAAAGCGGGAUCAUCGUUACUUGGUAGGUGUGCACAGGACGCUCCGGCUCGGCACCUGAACUGUUCGUGUUGAAGGUGCAGACGAUCUGAUGUUUCAUGGAGAACUUCAUGCUCCAAUGACGAUUGUAGUGGAGGAUCUAGAGAAUCAGGCAAUAUCAAAACCCAGAAGUAACAAUACGAGUUACGAGAAAGGGAAAUUACGGAGUCUCCGCUAGAUGUUUCAGCGACACGACGUCAUUGACACUUUUUUGUCUGAAACAUCUUCACCUUCUAGGAAGGUGGGA